AUUCAUUGCUCCUCUGCAUAUGGUAUGUCUGUAGCCAUACGGGCGUUUGUUAGCCAGCCAUACAGCCAUGGAGCAUGCAGCGUGCCGUGCCGCGCCACACACCGGCCCCCUCUAUAUCCAUGUCUCACUGACCACUUCCCUCUCUAUCUCUGUGGAUUUUCUGUCUGUCUGUCUGUGUCUGUGUGUGUAUGUAACUCUACGGAACGAAGCGAACGAGGCGACCGAUUGAGAGGUUUUAAGCGCACCCGUACACGUGUUGACGCACGUGGGGCGGGUGCUCCUCUUAUUGCCUACCUGCCUGGCUGGAUGGAUGACGGAUCCAUCCCUCCCCUCUCCCUCUCCCUCUCUCUCUCUGAAGGACUCAUAGGCAGAGACAGACCACGUCUCUAGACAGAACUUCUGCGUCUCUAUAAUUGCGUAGCGGAUCGAACGGAAAAACGAGCAGGCAGACAGACACAGGAAGGAAAACUUGUGCGCGGUUUCCACAGCACGGCACGGACGCAGAGGCCUCACUCAACGUCACAUCACACAUCACAUCACAUCACAUCAGCACCCUCCCUACCCAUAUCAACAACGCAGCCUCCCACACCCAACUCCCCCACCAACCAUCCGAUCCACCCCGCCGAAAUAUCACCCGGGCCGCCGCGCGUAGAUAGAUAAUUCGACAGCAACUUCGCACGUGCCCCGUCACUCCACUCGCUGCCAUCACAUCACUGGCCCCCCGUCCACCGGCCCUUGCUGGCCUUCCUGUCGAGGUAUGCCCUGGUGUGUCGGUUCUCGUGCGUCACGCGCCACCUCUCCAUCCACGGCCCGCCAUUCGUCGUGUCGAACUCGCUGUCGUCACCAUCCCCACCGGCCACCUCAGUCUCGCCCUUGCCGCCUCCCUGUGUGGUGUGUCGGUCGGUCUCGGUGCUGGACCAGUCAAUGGACAGUCCCGGCCGGCUCGCGUCGCGCAUCAUGACGGGCGGCACCAGACCUGCAUGGCAUGAAGGACACACACACAUGUGUUCGUUCGUUGAUAGGGUGUGAGGGUGGGGGAGGGGGUGGUGUGUGUGUGUGUGUGUAUGUACCCCAGAAGCCGGUGGGUUGAGUGGGGUUGAACCAGCGAAGGUCGAGGCUCCAUCGGAUGCCGUCCGAUCGGUUCUGCAGACUGCGGUGAGGGAUGAGAUUGUUGAAGAGCAGCACGCCGCCCACACCGAACUCACAGGUCACCACAUCUCGUGAGAGAUCCACACCUGCCCACCAGAGAGAGAGCCUCAGUGUGCUGUGGUGGGUGUGUUGGCUGCUCUCGCUCUGUCUGUCUGUCUGUCCAUGUGGCUACCGAGAGUGCGCUGCAUUUCGUCUUCAGGGAGGUCGACGUACCAGGUGUUGCCCGCGCAGCAGACGUGCUCAGCCACCUUCUCCCUCCUGUGACCGCCACGCACCAUCUGACCACACACAUACACACACAUUGCCCAGCACACACGCGGCUGUCUGCUGCUGCCGUGGGCUGGCUACCCUACCUGCAGGCAACCGUUGGUCAGGUUGGCGUCAACGAGGGGCACCCAUGCAGUGACGGUGAGGGUGCGGUCCGCCUCUGGUGAAAGAUAAGCAGCAUCUUGGUGCCACGGCACCGUCAGUUGCUGCACACACACCACGAACGACACCACGAGAGGUGCGUCACGUCACUCCCGUGACGCAUUGACGCACCUCGUUUUGGGGAAUCUUUGAGCGGAGGUUCCACACGGGAUGGCCGGCGAUGUUGGGGCCGAUCAGCUGCUCCACGACAUUCAACAGACGCUCGUCGCACCUGACACACAACACAACACCCAGAUAGAUGGGCUGGUUGGCCCUUCCUGCACUGGCUGUCCCCAACCAUAUGGCCUUGAAGGCGUCGGGGCAUCUGGUGGCCUUGUGGAUGAGCACCGCCGCUCCGGGGAAUGCCUUGUCGAGGUGUAUGAGUCGGUCGCGGAAGCCGUACCCCUCGCACCUGUCCGAUAUCUUGCCUGCACAAAUAACACACAGCACACGCACCUUACACACCACACCCGGCUGGGCUGUCCCUCCCUCUCUCUCUUGCUGCUGUACGGACCGUACCAGCUUUGUAGAGUUUGUCUGCGAGUGUGUCGACCAUGGCGUCCAUGGCGCCCCUGCAGGCCUCCAGCUUCUCAUGGGUGAUGUAGUCAGGGAGGAUGACGAAGCCGUCUGUGAAGAACUGUUCGAGCUGCUGCUGAGUGAGCUGCCCGUCCUUCUUGUGCGCCACGGGCGGCGGGAUGGUCGUGAACAGAUUCUCCAUCUUUCAACCCGAAGUCUCUCUCCUUCCA